ACUCGCUGGGACAGCCUGAGUGUGUCUUCUCCAGCACUCGAGGGAAGACGGAGGAGCGCGCGAAGGGCAGCCCUUUUGUCAUCCGGGAGUGGAGCCCAGAGCUAGAAGUUACAGAGCCAUGGCCAAUCCCAGGAACAGAGGAGGGGCCCACCGUGUCUUCAGUCUCGUCUGCUCUCUGCUCCUUGUGGGAAUGUGCUGCGUGUCUCCCUUCUUCUGCCUUGGCCAGACAGAACUGCUUGCUCUGAGCCAUGCUGACCCUCAGUGCUGGGAGUCCUCCUCGGUGCUCCUCUUGGAGAUGAGGAAGCCUCGCAUUUCCAACACAGUCUCAGGUUUCUGGGACUUUAUGAUCUACCUGAAGUCAUCUGAGAACUUGAAGCAUGGGGCCCUAUUUUGGGAUCAGCUCUUCGGGGACAUCUAUGUGGACUGUGUCCUCUCCAGGAACCAUGGUUUAGGAAGGAGACAACUGACUGGAGAGGAAGAGAAAGUUUCAGCAGCACAGCCACGGCACAUGGGGAAGAAACAAGGUGUCUAUUUUCAGCUGCUAAGACCCCCUUUCCUGAAGAAGAAAGAGAUGAUCGAAAAUCUGAUAAGCAUGCAUGUGCCCAGGGUGGGGCCCAGAGGGACUGGAAGAGUAAGCCUGGAAAUGAAGAGAAAGUAAAUCUAACCUCAGAGCUAGCUCAUGCCUUGGAAUUUAAGUAAAAAGAAACAAUUUUAAACUAUUGACUAUUUAUCUGUGUUAAGUGCUGGAAGUGUCCAGAGAUAGAUAUUAAGCCAAAUUCCCAGUGUAUUUAUUUAAUGCUUUGUCUUUGGCUGCUAGCAUGUUUUCUCAAAUGAUGACAUUCUUGUCAGGCCAUCCUGCCAUCUAAGAGUUAAGUGACUUCCAAAGAUAACCUGGAGAUUGGGAGACUCAGAAUCUCUGUUUUGGGAGGCUUGGCAUUGUCGAUGAGCCUGAUGUCAUACAUUUCACAUGGAUACACACAUGAUUUCCAAGUCAUCACCCACUGGGUUGCUUAUACACAGGCUGGAUAGGGACUGUAUUUAUUAAUUACCAGUUCCUGACAGUUACUAAUUACCUGUUCCUGAUACCUAAAUCUUGUUUGAGAAACUAUUUUUGAACACUGAAUGAAGCAAAUAACAUAACAAAAACUGGCAAAUAAAGCAUUCUUCUAAAGGAAACGAUAUUAAUAAAAACUCUGGAGCCCAGGAAA